CUUUCAUUCAGCAAUAUGGAGAAUUUGAUACAAUGGACCAAGAGGAGUAUGAUGAUGUUGACGAAGAAGAAGAAGAAGAAGAAGAAUACAUGUUUGACGAUGAUGAAUUUGACGACGACUACGACGACGACGAUGACGACGAUCAUUAUUGGACUACAACAACAAAAAACUUUUACACUCUCAGUCCUUGUUCUGAAACAAUGCAGCCCAGUUAUCCCAUCGAGCAUACGAAUAGCUAUGACGAUAGUCGUCACAAUAACAUUACUUCUACCGCCACCGCUCUAUCCCCAUCCUUAUUUGAAACACAAAACACAAAAUACGAGGAGCUGAUGCACAUACCAGUACCAGACUAUAUUGAGUUGCAACACGAACUCGUCGAACUCAAAAACCAACAACAAAGUGCCCCUUUUAACGGCAUGCUCUCAAUAGAAAUCCCAAUACCUCAACAAACAGAUCACCAGCAGCAUGACACUGACGAUGCGGUCUCUAUUGAUAUUGAUUCUUUAUCCCCAGCCGCAGAAACACCAGAACUCUCACCCUCAUCUCUACCUGAAGAUCCAAAUACAUUAAGUCGAAGCAGUAGUAUCAGCAGUCUUGAAACAGACUCUGGAAAGGAUCCCCUUGAACGACAAAUCGCGUUUGAUUGUAAUUCAAACUGCAGUGAUCAACAACAACAUCACAAUAUCUAUUUAUUACCCUCAUCGUCAUCAUCAUCUUCUAUCAUUAACCUAACAAACUUAUACGAUACCACUACCACUGCCACACUAACUCCAACAGCAGCACUGACGCAACAAACAUCUCCAGCAAGCCCCGUGACCCGAUCGCCUUUCUCUAGCCAAAAAUUGUUUUUAGAUGACACGUGUUCCCCAACGUCAUAUCAAUCGUUUGCUGAUAUCAUGAAUCAGACGAAUGGCGGUACGCACAAUAAGGAAGUGACUAUUCCAUCCCCUAUGCCCGAGACUAUAUCAUCAGCGACCAUGUCGUAUGGCUCCAUUACUAAUUUCAUCUCGAGUCCUACUUCAGCAGCAGCAGCAGCAGACGACGAAGACAUUAGCGCAUCUUCGGAUAAAAGCAGUAGUGUUUCAUCCGCCCCAGUGGAGGCACCCGCGACGGUACCAUUUCGCUCAUCAACUUAUCCUUCUUUUUCUAUGAAACACACUGAUGAAGAAUUAGGCAAAGUAACUCAAGAAGCUUGUGCAAGUAAGAAGAGAGAAAAUGCUUCUCCUAGAAAGAAUAAAUCUCUAUUUUCCUGUUUCCAGUAUUUAUACAAGAAGUUAUCAGGCAUUGUCAAAAGUGGCUUCAAUAAGCUUUUCGCGUUUUCCCCAUUAUCAUCUGAACGACAACCAUUACUAUAGGUUUUUCGUUUCUAACUCCUCCAUUACCAUGUAUAUCCUCUUUUAUACUCCAUUUCUAUUGUACAUCUGCAUUAUUCCUUCGCCUAUGUUCAUUGACCAUAUAUCCCUUCAAAUCAAUUAUUUAAAAUAGAAAGAAAA